AUGUUCUCCCGACUAAGGGUAGCUGCCACUCCCUGUGCGAUGGCAUGUCGCAGUGCACAUACGAAAGAAAAAGGCAAGCCACUGAUGUUAAACCCACGAACAAACAAGGGUAUGGCCUUUACUUUACACGAACGACAGAUGCUUGGGUUGCAAGGACUUCUACCUCCUAAAAUAGAGACACAAGACAUUCAAGCCUUACGCUUCCAUAAGAAUUUGGCCAAAAUGACUGAUCCCUUGGAAAAGUAUAUCUACAUCAUGGGAAUCCAAGAGAGAAAUGAAAAAUUAUUCUAUAGGGUAUUACAAGAUGAUAUUGAGCGGUUAAUGCCAAUUGUAUACACACCAACAGUAGGCCUUGCCUGCACCCAGUACGGACACAUCUUCAGGAGACCAAAAGGAUUAUUUAUUUCUAUCUCAGACAGAGGCCAUAUAAGGUCAAUCGUGAACAACUGGCCAGAGAACGAUGUUAAGGCUGUUGUCGUCACUGACGGAGAAAGAAUAUUGGGUCUUGGAGACCUGGGUGUGUACGGGAUGGGAAUUCCAGUAGGAAAACUCUGUUUGUAUACAGCCUGUGCAGGAAUACAUCCAGAUAAAUGCUUGCCUGUGUGCAUCGACGUUGGAACUGAUAACGCAACGCUCUUAAAAGAUCCAUUUUAUAUGGGCCUAUAUCAAAAACGGGAUCGCUCACAGGUCUAUGAUGACCUAAUUGAUGAAUUUAUGGAAGCCAUUACAGACAGGUAUGGCCAGAACACCCUUAUCCAAUUCGAAGACUUUGGAAACCACAAUGCUUUUCGGUUUUUAAGAAAAUACAGAGAGAAAUACUGUACCUUCAAUGACGAUAUUCAAGGGACGGCUUCAGUGGCCUUGGCGGGACUGCUGGCAGCACAGAAAGCCACCGGUAAACCACUUGCAGAGCAGAAAGUGCUGUUCCUUGGAGCAGGAGAGGCCGCCCUGGGAAUUGCAAACCUCAUUGUCAUGGCUAUGAUGGAAAGCGGUGUUUCUGCUGAGGAAGCCUACAAGAGAAUAUGGAUGUUUGACAAAUACGGUUUACUGGUUCAGGGCCGAGAACAAAAGGUAGAUUCCAAUCAAGAACCAUUUACGCAUCAGGCUCCAGAGCAGAUACCAAAGACGUUUGUAGAGGCAGUGAAUGUACUUCAGCCUUCAGCUAUCAUUGGAGUGGCAGGAGCUGGGCGGCUCUUCUCUCAGGAUGUGAUCAAGGCAAUGGCCUCCAUCAAUGAGCGACCCAUAAUAUUUGCACUAAGUAACCCUACAGUGAAAGCCGAAUGCACAGCAGAGGAAGCAUAUACAUUAACAGAGGGCCGUUGCUUGUUUGCCAGUGGCAGUCCCUUCGAGCUGGUGACUCUGAAAGAUGGAAGAACCUUCAAACCAGGCCAAGGAAACAAUGCUUAUAUUUUUCCAGGCGUGGCUCUCGCUGUGAUCCUCAGCAGUGUUCGACAUAUUAGUGAUAAGGUUUUCCUAGAAGCUGCUAAGGCAUUGGCAGAACAGUUGACCGAUGAAGAACUUGCACAAGGAAGACUUUAUCCUCCACUGUCUAAUAUCAGGGAAGUUUCUAUUUAUAUUGCUGUCAAGGUUAUGGAGUUUUUGUACGCAAACAACAUGGCUUUCCAUUACCCUGAACCUGCAGACAAGAACCGUUACAUUCGCUCAAAGGUUUGGACCUACGAGUACGAAUCCUUCAUGCCAGAUGUGUACGACUGGCCUGAAUCUAAGGUUCACUGA